GUCUCCAUUCGACAAAUGAACUUUCUGGCCUCAUCCUGGCCUAUAUCGUGUUGGUUUGAAUUCGUUUCUUCGUUCUUCGUACAACUACAAUUCUUUUCGUGCUGCUCGUUGUCGUUCGUAUUAUCCACGUCCCUUUCUCUGUCUUCGUUCGUUGUCGUGGAUGUCAUUGUUUAGCCCUUAGCUAAGUCAGGUUGGACAAACAAGUGAUUGUGGUAUGGUAUUUUCUACGAGAUGAAUAGAACGUAUCGAUUACUUAGACAGCCUAGUUAGUGCGAAUGCGUGAUUUACAGUUCCACCCAUGUCUUCUCUCAGUACUUUAGCUACCUGUACCUCACCAGCUGCAUGCCCACUAGAAAUCCCAUUAUAUUGUCCGUUUAGGAUAUCAUUAACGUUUACCAAGAUGCCUGGUUGCAUUUUGGUAUCACACCCUCUACUUCGAAAAAAGUAAAAAAGCUCUCGUUGUGCACACUCCUUCUUUCCGCACGACCCGUAGCAUGGGUAAUUGUUGUGCAAAGGCCAAGGCGAGCGAGAACGCCGAAGGCGAUGCCGCUACAACUCCCAACGGAGCAGAGGCAGAUGCUACCAAAGCCGACAAGGAGCACGGCGAGCAUCCAGACGAUGGCCACCCGAUGAAGGGGUUCUGCUGCGGUUGCUGCGAUAGCACCGACGAAGAGAAGGAAGAGAAACCCCCCGAAGAAGUCGUGGACGACACUGAGAAAAAGGACGAGGAGCAGGCGCCCGUUGAAGAAGAGAAAAAGGAGGACGAGGCUGAGGAACCACCAGUGGAAGAGGAAAGUAAACUCGUCGUUGUAGAAGAAGGGGAGCAGGACGAAAAAGACGUCGAGAGCGGGGCGGAAAAACACGUGGAGGAAAACCCGGAAGAGGUCGAGGAGCCGACCGAAGAGGCCGUCGCUGAAAAGCAAGACGAACCGGUUGACAUAGUAGAGCAAGACCAGCCAGAUACGGACGGAGCAAGGAAAGACGAAGACGACAACGAUUUCUGGGGCUUGCGCUUUGCCUCGAAGCAGGAGGCAAUCGCGGCCGCGCCGCUGCUGCUGCACCCUGAAGACCGCCCUGCCGAUGUGAUAGGGGUUCUUCCAACUUCUUACCAAACGCAGUUGGCCGAUGACGACAGUCCGGUGCUGGGUGCUGACGAAACGGAUAAGGCUGACGGUGCUCCUGCAGGAGAGGUUCCAGUCGAUCACGACCGUCUCGUCGAGGACGCGAAGCGGGAGAUCGCGAGAAGACACUUUACAGACUACCUUUACAAGGGCGAGCCUUUUUUCAAAAACAUCGCGGAGCGCGCCUCGCUCAGCAAAAAUGCCUCCUCCGCAGGUGGGGCGGUGAAGGCCGCGGCCCUGCUGAACAAGUCUAAACCCAAGCGAGCCGCCGAUCCUGUGCGGUCGAUAACACCAUCGGUGCUGGGUCGCGUCGCAGACGGUGGGCCGAGACCUUCAAGCAGGAGUGGCAGGAGUGGCGGCGCCUCUUCAGGGAUGAAGCGCCGGGACCGCAUCGCACCCUCGGUCUCCGGAUCGUCGACGAAAAGAAGCUCCGAGGCUGCACACCGUGCGCCGGUUCCAGGUGACGACGAAAGCUCCGCUUCUUCGUCAAGUUUAGAGGUGGAAAUGAUACCCCUUUCAGUGAUUCCCUCGUCCCCCGAGAGCGAGGAGAGAGAAAGCACGAUAGGACGAGAUAGCGAAGAAGCAAUACGGGUCCGGGAAAGCGAAAAUCAGCAAGGUACGCGAGGACGCGUCGCGGGUGAUAACCGUAGUCAGUUGUAUACUACAGACUCCCGCGAACAGCGCGAUGACUAUGAGGCUCUGUUCAAUGACAAUGGCUUCAGACACUGGGUAGCGGAGUCUCAGGCCUUGAUUCGCUUGUGUCGACUCCAAAACGGUAACGGAAGCAGAGACAUUGACAUGUGGAGAAACCAGAGCGACUUGUCACCUGUUGCGCCACGCCAAGGAAAAAUUAGAACGUCCCCGAAUUGCGACGUUGUCAUACCGAUUCCCGAAGAAAGUGAAAGACACCUCCGCGGCGGCCGUUCACUAACUGCCCCUGAUUCCUUUCUUUUCUUCCGAGACAUGGCGCUUGUUUCCUCACCCGCAACCACAUCAAGACGUGCAGGUGCAGCACCCUGGUGGGACAAAGAAAGCGGAAAACAAAGGCUCGGUCGAGAACUCGAGAGCUUGAAGGACGCCCGUGACGCCAUCAGUCAAGCACGACGCGGAAGGGAGUUCAGAACGGGUGACGAAGUUUGAGCAUCGCGCGAAGUAUGAGCAGCAAGUCGAAGACGACAAGAAGAUAACUUGACUUUUAGGAGUUUCGAAAAUUAGAAAAUUGGAGUUGCAUUUUGAUUCUGAAUGAGCUCGCAGCGCUGCGCAUCGCUUCAACAGUGUCAGUUACUCAAACGGAGCAGGUAGAUAUUUUGAACUCAAGCGGUACAGAAUCUGAAUCACGAUGGCCA